AGACUUUUGUUGUAUUCCAUUCCAUGAUGUUGGGUUGGAUACGCCUAUGGAUUCCUCCGUUGACUAUUGUGUUCAUUUUAUUUCUUUAUCAACUACAGACUCGUUCAAUUAAGUCUCAUACCAAUCUUCAAGAUUUAUACAAUUCUAAGUAUCCUCGAAUUCCUGUAACCAAUCGCACCCUUAUACCUUUGAUCUAUCAAUCACCUAAACCUUGGAAUCCAACUACUGGAAGAGGUUUUCCAUACCAAGUAAAACUUUUCCAGUAUUCUUUUUGGGAUCGGUUAUUAUCUUUGGUUUCUAGUUUAUCUUUUUUAUCCAAAGUAUAUCCUCGUCAUCCUCCACUUGUACGAUACGAGUCCAUCGAGUUGAACGGUGGUAUCGUUUCAGUAGGAGAAUAUUAUAUACAAAUCAAGAUUGGAGGUACUCCAUUUCGAGUACAAGUGGAUACUGGGUCUUCUACCUUGGCAGUUCCUAUGGAAGGAUGCGUUUCUUGUCGGAAGACUAGUUCCAAAUAUUCUUCCCAUCUUCAAAGCAAGAGUAGUAUAGUUGGUUGUAAUGACCCACUUUGCAGUAGUAAUAUAUGUGAAGCUUUAGGUUGUUCCGAGUGUUCUUCUUCGGGAGCUUGUUGUGCAAAUAAAAUGCCUCAAGCUUGUGGUUUCUUUUUACGUUAUGGAGAUGGUUCAGGUGCUGAAGGAGCGUUGUUAGUUGAUCAAGUCCAAGUUGGCAAUGCAAGUUUUGUUGCUCAUUUUGGUGGUAUUCUAGAAGACACAACCAAUUUUGAACAAUCUUCUGUCGAUGGUAUUUUAGGAAUGGGAUAUCCAGCAUUAGGUUGUACUCCUUCUUGUAUAGAGCCAUUGAUAGAUUCGAUGUUUCGACAAUCCAAAAUAGAACAAAAUAUGUUUUCUCUCUGUAUAAGUGUUCGUGGAGGUCAUUUGGUUUUGGGUGGAUACGAUUCGAAUAUGGCAGCAUCCAAUAUAACUUUUGUACCGAUGAUACUAUCUUCUCCUCCCACUUUUUAUGCUGUUUCCUUGGGAGGUUCCAUUCGAGUAGAUAAUGAAGAAUUGAGUUUAGAUGGCUUUGAUAAAGGAAUUGUCGAUUCUGGAACCACAUUAUUGGUGAUAUCUGAGCAAGCUUUUAUUCAAUUGAAGAAUUACUUACAAACUCAUUACUGUCAAGUUCCUGGUUUAUGUGAUUAUCAACAUUCUUGGUUUGAUAGUGCUUCUUGUGUUAUUUUAGAGGAGUCUCAUUUACAACAUUUACCAACACUAACCAUACAUGUUGCCAAUAGAGUUGAUUUGAUAUUGACACCUUAUGAUUAUAUGUUACAAGUCCAACGCAAUGGUUUUAGUUUGUAUUGUUUGGGUAUUCAGUCAUUACCUAGUAAAGAUGGCAGUCCAUUUGUGAUUCUUGGAAAUACUGUCAUGACCAAAUAUUUAACCAUUUUUGAUCGACGAAAUCAUCGAAUAGGAUUUGCACUUGCUGGUGAUUGUCAAGUGGUUGGUUGUGAACGUUAUGAUGAUUGUGAGACAUGUUCAUUGGAUGAAAGUUGUGCUUUUCAUAUUCCAUCGGGUACUUGUCAACCUAGAGAAGAUUCUCAUAGCAUUGUAGGAAUAUAUCCAAGUUGUAUGGGUCGUCUUUGUUUCUGUAAAGUAAGUAUUGUGAAGUUGUUCAAUCAUACACACACACACAUAUAUAUGUAUAUAUAAAUAUAUAUAUCUAGGUGGAAAAUGCCAUUCCUCAGUUUUGGACUCUUUUGGUCAUUCUAUCUGUUGCAUGUGUACUCAGUUUACCUUUAUUUGUCAUAAAAUAUUGUAUCAGAAG